AGCGUACGUAAUAGAUAACUAAUUGAAUAAAGAGUUCUGACCUCGUGAGGCGUCAAUGACACAACCCCGCUCCCAGGCCCGGAGCACCGGUGUAGGGUAUCUGGGAUACAGCCGGCUAAGAUCGGGCGGAGACUGAGAAGCCCGGCACCGGCGACGUUUGGUGCAUCUCCCGGCUCCGAAGGGGAUUAAUAAGACACCCUUUUGUACUUUGACAACCUCCUGUUUCUGUUCUCAAUGAAUUUCGAGUAACGAGUUUCUUCCUUCAACACUUGCUAAAUCUUAAACCCCCCUGCUACUUGAACUUUCACGAACCCCUCAGCCAGCUCCACUUACACGGUGCACAACAUCUCAUACCUUCACAUACCUUCACGAUGCUCCCAGCUGUGAGAGGAUCACGGCUUGGGCCAUUGGUUCGACAUGGUCGCUCACUUCAUACCACAUCGCGGUGUCUGUCAAGCGCUGAGGCUGCCCCGGCUGCCCGUCCAGCGCAUUAUGAUACCUCACAGCAGCUCUCCGCUAUCGAUGCCGUGAAGGAGAGACGACUGAAAGCGGGAAAGCUUGUGGCUGGAGUUGCUGCUGCUUCAGAUAGCGACAUGUUCAAAGGACCGACUACCGGACUACCCAAAUCUAAGCGAUGGGAUAACCAUUUGAGUCAGGAGAGUAGAGUGCGAGAACCAUGCACUCUCAAGCAAGCAGCUCGCUACAUGAAGAAACCUGGCCUUAUCUCACUGGGCGGUGGCCUGCCGUCCAGUGAAGUUUUCCCCAUCGCUGAACUCGGUUUCAAAGUCCCCGUCGCACCAAAGUUCUCCGAGAAAGAGACUGAUGAAUCGGGUCAAACUGUAACAAUUGGAAAAUAUGACGUGAGAGAUCGCGGAGGCACUUAUGACUUGUCCAUCGCUUGCAACUACGGCCAAGCUACGGGAUCCCCGCAGAUGAUGAGAUACUUGACCGAACACACUGAGAUUGUGUAUAACCCUCCCUAUGCAGACUGGAAAGUUUGCCAGACAAUCGGCAGCACCGGAGCAUUAGAAGAGGCGUUGCGAAUGUUCUGUGACAAGGAUCGCGGCGACUCAAUACUCACUGAAGAUUUCAGCUUCUCGACUGCCCUGGAAACAGUUGGUCCUCUUGGUGUGAAGGCAUUUGGCGUGGCGAUUGACGAAGAGGGCCUCGUCCCCGAGGCUAUGGAUGAGCUCUUGUCAAACUGGGAUGCUAAAGAACGAGGUUCGAGGAAGCCUCAUGUGCUGUAUACUGUUCCCUCAGGACAGAAUCCCACGGGCGCAACACAGGGAACCGAGAGACGAAAGGCCAUCUAUGCCGUGGCGCAAAAGCAUGAUCUAUACAUCAUCGAAGAUGAGCCAUACUACUUCCUCCAGAUGCAACCCUACACAGGUCGCGACCAACCUGAAGUACCACCACCAGAGACGGUUGAGGAGUUUGUCUCGUCUCUCAUUCCCUCACUUCUAAGCAUCGAUGUUGACGGACGAGUUAUGCGUAUGGACUCCUUCUCAAAAGUCCUCGUGCCAGGCUCUCGUCUUGGUUGGAUAACAGCGUCGGAACAAAUUGUUGAGCGGUAUAUUCGACACGCUGAAGUCGCAAGCCAGGGGCCCAGUGGUUUCUCUCAGGUCAUUCUAUAUAAGUUGCUUGAUGAGACAUGGGGACACGAGGGUUACUUACGAUGGCUGAUGAAUUUGCGACUGGAAUAUACAAAGAAGCGCAAUGCUCUUCUGGCCGCUUGCGAAGAUCAUCUGCCUAGUGAUCUUGCCAGUUGGACUCCUCCUGUCGCUGGCAUGUUUAUGUGGAUUAAUAUUGAUCAUACAAAGCAUCCUGAAGCAGGAAAGCGAAGCAUUGUCGAUAUCGAAGAAGAGAUUUUCAACUCUUGUAUCGAGAAUGGUGUUCUUAUCGCCCGGGGCUCGUGGUUCUUGACUGAGAAGGACAAGGCACCACCGGGACUCUUCUUCAGAGCGACAUAUGCAUCUGCAACGCCUGAGAAUAUGAACAAGGCCAUUGAAAGAUUCGGAAAGGCUGUAAGAGAUAGCUUUGGUAGGAAGUAGACUUUGUCUUGGCAUUCAGUUGCUGGAAACAGGGACAAGUUUGAAGAUUCAGACAGUUGAAGAAGACAUCAGCCAAUUGGUAUGGGAAAAGAAUUAUAAGUAGGAACAUCUCGAUAUGGUGCAUAUCAAAUUUGUGCAUUGCCCACACAAUCAUCAUUAUUCACGUAACACCAAAAGACUAAUUCUGGGCUUCCCAGAAUGCAACCUUGACUCCCUGGCCUGGUGACAAGACAAUGUCUGCUUUGAGGAGGGGCUCACCUCCAUCAAUGUCCUUCAUCUGACUCUCCACACGAUCAAAUUUCUGGAACAGGCGGACCAGAACAUAGCUCAUCUCAGUCAGAGCAAACUGCUGACCGAUGCAAAUUCUAGGACCAGCGUUGAAAGGGAUAUAAUCAUGGGGUUUAGGAUGCCAGUGGGCCCAUCUAUCUGGGCUGAAGAUCUGAGGAUCAGCAAAGGUAUCGCUGGUAGGAGGAUACAGAUCUGAACGUCUCUGCAUGACGAGGGUGGAAUAUGCAACUGGCGAGUCCUUCAGAACGGGGAGUGGCUCAGAACCAUCUGGACCGCCCCCUCGAGGAAGGGUCGUAUCCUUGAGAGCAAGACGAACGUUGAAAGGAACAGCCGGGUAUAAACGAAGAGUUUCGUUGAGAACAGCCUUGAGAUAACUCAUACUCUUGAGAUCCUCGUAUGUUGGCGUGCGCUCAGUUCCAAGUGUGGAAAUGAUCUCAGCACGCAACUUUUUCACAGCAUUAGGAUACCUGCCAAGUUCAUAGAGAGUCCAUGAUAGCGUCGCAGCAGUGGUAUCUCGCCCCGCAAGCAGAACAGCGAUUAUCUGAUCACGGAGCACUGUUCGGUCUCGUGUAAACCCAGCAAGUGCAUGCAGAAACGUAUAGCUGUGAUCGUCCUUUGUCUUGGAAGCCAGUUCCUCGGGGCUUAGACGGAGUGCACGUUCAAUGUAGAAGUUGAUGAAGUGGUUGACCGUGUUGAGAGCGCGCCAGAAACGAUACUUGGGGAUGAUGUGGCGAAGUUUGCCGACGCGAGCGAUGAUGUUUUGAAUGUGUUGGACUUCGUUGAAGGCUUC